UGAAGGGAUUGUUAUCAAUUGAAAUAGUCACAAAAGCAUAUCUGAACGAGAUACACACAAUCAUCAAUUCAAGUUACAGUACACUGUACAAACCUUAGGAAAGGAAACACGAGAAGAUUAGAAACACCUGGGAACUUGAACAUUAAGUUUCUGGUUUUGACUAAAUGCUUCACAGGGUUACCAUAGUACAAAACAUCAGUAUUCUCAACGUUACUCACAGCAGAGAAGUCUUGGGUACACUCUUUAUGAAUGUGCGACAGUGUGCGUGUGUGUGUGUGUGUGUGUGUGUGUGUGUGUGUGUGUGUGUGUGUUUAAGGGAAAAGGAGAGAGACCAUCUCUUUGCACCAGCCACACUGCUCUGCUAUUGGUUGCUUCCCCUCUACACACAUUCAUAAUCAGAGUUCUAGUCUCUGAGGCUACAGAGAGACAGAGCGCCAGCCUAACACUACUAGCCAAAGCCAGUCUACAAUCACCUGCUGGACUGGCACAAGGUAGGACUGCAACAACAAUAACACAGACAGAAUAGUUUUUCCUUUGUACGGAGUACUGACAGGGACUAGAAAUACCAGCUGGUUUUAUAGACCAGAGCUGUUAUUGCAUGAUGUAACUUGUAUCGGUUUGCUGCAAUUGUCUCUUGUGAAAGUCUAAAAGGGUUAUGAUGGUGAAAGGGCAUCGUAUAGACAGUGAACUAAAAGUGGGGGUUGAAUUGGAACGUGUUACAGUGUGUGAAUGUGUGAUAGUUCAUUAGAUUGGAUAUAGAUCCGCUGAGGUUGGUCAAAGACAGUAUAAUUGUUGUGAUACAGAAAAACAACACAGCUACAGAGAGCUACCACUGUGGCAAGUGAGACGGAUGGUAAAGAACUGAACGAAGGUUGCAGUAACCCUCAGAAUCACAAUCCAAACGAACCCAGAUCCUUCUCGAAGGCAGUAACCAUGGAGACCAGUGAACAAACGGAGAUGACCAGCGUAAUUGCCUAUGAAAAGGAACUCUCGCUCACUGACUCACCUGAAAACAAAAAGGGCUUAGGAGGAACAGAAGAGGAACAAGUCUGUUUAGAGGCUGACUCACUAGAAUCCAUAGGAAAGAAAGCGCUGUUCGAAAUUCUAGCAGAUUUACCGGCUAGCAUGAUCGAUGAGCUUGACGGCUUAGGAAACGUGCUCUGCACAGGUAACCCAUUUCGAAAGGAGGCUUUGUCUGGCCAUGAAGAACUCAACCGCAAUGAAUCCAUCACUUCGUCUGUCUCUGACACACCGUCCAGUGCUGACAGUGUGUAUGAGAAUGAAGCUCAUCGUAAGAGACAGGACACCCAAGAACUAGAACAGCCUGAAGAUACUGUGUCCAACCCAGAGGAUGGUGAAGAUGCUGAGGAUAAAGACACAAAAGAGAUUCAAUAUGGCCCAUUAGAAAACCCAAUCAGUGAUGUCCCAGAGGAGUCUUUACUAGAACAGUACAUCAGAGAGGAGGUUCUGUCGGAUGUCUCCAACGAGUCCUGUCAUGGUCUGGACCCAGACGAGGUGGAUGAAUGCCUGUGUGUUGAGAUAGCAGAGGCUUCCUCAGAUGAUGAGAGUGAAGAUGGAGCAAAUAAAUGGAGGGCGAUAUUUUCCUCCUCGAUCAACCACGAGGACGAUGAUGACUAUCUGGAUAGCCUCCAACUGAGCGCACAGGAUCUCUUUGUCCAAAAGGUUGAAGUGCAAAAUGUUGACAACCACGACGAUAACGAGGAGGAAGUUCAAGUGGAGAUACCAAGGGAAGAGGAAGUGGAGGUGUUGGAGCAACCAGAUUACCUUACUGGUAUUGCACAGGAAGUGACAUACAACCCUGCAGCACUGCUCCAAAGCCUGUCCAAAAUCUCUGAAGACGAGGAGGGAAACGGCAACGGUUCAAGGCACAAUACAUCUUGCAAGGCAGAUCCCAACAAGAAGCUUCCGAAGGACUUCUGCGUUAUCCAGGAGACCAAGAGUGAGAACGUCAGCACAGAGCACGUGGACUUCCAGCUGGCCCGGAAACAGUGGAGGGAGAUGGAAGAGCAGACCAAGAACCUGGUGCUGUCACCCACCACAAAGCAGGGUGGGCCCCUCACGGGCAGCCACAGCUUCAUGUACACCCCGGUCAGGAACAUUGACAGGCCCAAGACGAGAGAUACGAGUCUGGAGAAUUUGGCUCUGGGUGGAGGUGAGUAUACCCACACCCAGUUCAGCCCCUGCUCAGAGGACUCAGGCCUGGGCGAUUCCAGCUACAGGUCCCCUUAUGAAGAAUUCCCAGAGACCUCCACCGAGAGGGAGAUCCGCCUGGCCAUGGAGAGAGAAGACAACUUUAAGCGGGACAGGGGUUUCUCCAAUGGGACGAAACCUACAGAAUGUGCCCAGACAAAUGCCAGGCCAGUCAUCUUGCUCCCAGCGAAGCUAUGUCAGGAGGUUAACGAAAAGAGGAAGACGUUUGAGAGUUUGGAGGAUGGCGGCUGCAAAAUACCCAGAUCCAAAACUACUCCAUCAUUCAUUAUUACGUCUUCACCAGCUAAGGGGCCACUGAAACACGAUCUGCCUACCAACAGCAUCAUUAUACUAGAACCAGAAGGAAGUCCAAGACAUGGCGCCAGAGACACCUCCAGAGCUAAUGAGUGGCACUCGGACGAGACCUCCAACGCCAACUUUAUCAUCCUGGAGACAUCCAACCUGAUCAUCAGGAGCGCCUCAGAGUUCUGCCUGAACACGGCCUGCGAGCAGCAGGGCCAGGAAUGCUCCUCAACGUUCCUCAACAACCCCUUCUUCAAGCUACGCUCCAGGAGCCAGCUGUCGUUGGUGGACGAGGAGAUCAAGAUGGUGAAACAGCGCGAAGAGGAGCUGAAGAGAGAAAGAGCGAACAUCUAUCCGAAGGGGAGGUACAACAACACAGGCCUGGUGGCCGAGAAUCUCAUGGACAGCUUGUCAUUUGAAGGUGAUGCGCCACUGAAGUGUAAGUCUUCGCCAUCAUCGCCAAUGAAAACUGCAUUCAAGAUGGAUCGCUCAGCCCUAUCCUGUGAUCACAGAUUUCCUGAGGUGUACGGAGCCGGAGGAAGGCGUAAGAGUGCCUUGGCGCUGCGCUGGGAGGCUGGGGAGUUUGCCGAGUGAAGAUAAGAACAACAGGGUACUACCCGCAGUCGCUGGUGAAAAUAUUGUCUGUACACUUUCAGCUGAGUUAAUAGACUUAAUGCAGUGCUACAAACUCAUGUUUGUUUCAUGUUGCAACAUUUAACCACACUUGCUGCUUCUGUAAUGUUAUCGAUUCUCUGGUCGAAGUGCCAGGAAAUAGUAGUGUGUGUUCGCCCGCCAAGAUGCCUGAAUGUUAAAUGAAUGUAAUGUUUAGUCCACAGAUGCUAACAUUUUAUGACAUUUUAAUGUAAGCAAAUCUGAAAACAUAUUUUGAUGUAUUGUCUUGGUAAAGGAAAGAAGCUUAUAUUUAUUGUAUUUUCGUACUGUGUUUUCCAGAAAUAUUGAUGUGGGCAUAUAACAUACCGUAUGAUACAAUACUAUAACAUGUUUAACUUGUAUCAAAAAAUAUAUUUAAUCUGUAGCUGAAAUCUGAGAUAUGUUGAACGGACAUUAUACACUCUAUGUGAAAACAUUUUUAACAUUCCGUUAAAGCUGGAAUGCUUAAUGGUGAAACCACCACGUCUGUUUGCGAUAUUAUAACAUGGUGGUGGGGCAGCCAGUGGCGCCGUUUCCCCUUAUUACAGAUUCAAUGUUUAAAAUAAAUAAUCUCCAGAAUCAAAAGGCAUAUAGUAAAAAAUAAUAAAAAACACUAGUGUAAUGCUUAUAAAAAAUACAUUUUCUAUAUUGUGCAUUUCCCUACAAAUGUCAGAUGUUUACAAUUUUCAAAGAAGGAAAAUGUUGCUGCUUUUAAAUAAUUAUUGAGGCUGAGUAUUGAACAAGCUCCAUUUUUUGAGAAUUGCCAUUUAACGCUGAUAAUUGAGUUCAUGAAUCAAAAAAGUAUUGACAUUGUUUCAUUGCUUUUCAUUUCAUUAAGUACGUUUGUAUGCUUACUUGUUACAGUUUUGCUUAUACAAAUGACCAGUAUUGCUUGCUGGCCUUUUCAAUUGUGUGAGGAAAUUACCUAAAAUAAGCCACUUUAUAAAAUUAUUUUGCAGGGGAUUUUCCUUGUAUUCUUACUGCAAGUGUUCAAUAGAUUAGUGCAACAAUAAAUACUGCGUAUGAAUA